AUCAUUAUUGAAUGCCAUACAUUUGAAAGAGUCAUGCAUUAUAUAUAGGUUGCUUCCAAAUAACAGACAAUUAAGCCAUUGUUACGAAAAUUAUGUUCCGUUCAUAUUACACACAGACGAAUAGACAUCACAAUGCUAAUAUGGUUUUUAUUUGUUUCGUCAUUCGCAGCUUUACAGUUGAUAAUAAAAACGCUGUAGAAGCGCGCCUAGAAAGUUGCAUUCCGGCUUGAUUACAAACGCUUUACGUUUUAUGUCUUAGCAUUUAGUAUUUACGCAUGUAUCAUGUAAUGGCUAUUAGCAAAAUGUGACUUAAUAUAAGUGACUGAAGGCAAAUGCUGUUUAGAAUGCUGAACAGAAUGAACGGUUGCAGGAUUAUAUGUUAUUUUCUGUUUCAUUUGUUCACAAAUUUGUUGAUAUAUGCUCAAAAUGAAACAAUUAUCUAUAAUCAUGGACUGGAGACAAAAUCGUGCUUAACAUCUAUAUCAGAUAUGAGUUAUACAGAGUGUUUGAAUCAUUUCCGAAAUAACAAGACUCACAUAAAUGUUAUGGUCUAUAGAAGACGAUUUCGUCUGUGUGAUACGUAUUUUGUUACGGGAACGAUUUCGUAUAAACAGGAGCCUGGGUCAAUGCUUGCAUACCGUCCUGUUACUGAACAAAAGGAUUGCCUUGCACUUUUUGAACAAGGAUUUAAGGAGGACGGUAUAUAUACAAUAAAACCUGGCUGCGGUCUAAGCAUACAGACAUGGUGCGAUAUGACAAAUGGUGGAUGGACAGUUAUACAAUGUCGACUGGAUGGGUCAGAAAACUUCUACAGAACAUGGGCAGAUUAUGUUUGUGGAUUCGGUAACAGAUCAGGAGAAUACUGGCUUGGCCUUGAGAAUAUAUAUUGGCUCACUACUAUAGACAGUUCUUUGAGAAUUGAAAUGGAAGCAUUUGAAGACGUAUCACCUACACAUGCUUAUGCACAGUAUGACACGUUCAGAGUUGACGACGAAGAUUCAAAUUUUAGAUUGCAUGUAAAAGGCUUUUCCGGAAACUGUGGUGAUAGUCUUAGUUACCAUGAUGGAAAUAUGUUUACGACUAAAGACAGGGACAACGACGAAGUAUGGUACGGCAACUGCGCUCAAUCGCAUGAAGGAGCAUGGUGGUACAACGCUUGUCAUCUAAGCAAUUUAAAUGGACUAUACUUAUCGGGGAAACACGCAACGUAUGCUGAUGGUAUUAACUGGAUCACAUGUUGGGGUUAUAAUUAUUCUAUCCGCAGUGUAGUGAUGAAGGUUAAAAGAAAUUUUCCGUAAAGCAAAACGACGGAAAAUACUAUAUUUUACUUAAAUUUUAACAUUAAGAAACCAUACUGGGAAGAAAAAACAAAAAACAGCUAAACAUUAUUUAACGAUUUAACGAAAGAAAUGAUAUGGAAAGAUACGCCACAGUACGAAAAUGUCGACUAUUUUAUAUAUUAUUUAAAGUGUAGCAAAAUUGUAUAGUAGUAUUGACGAUGUUUGUUUCAUUUCCACAUGCGUUAUGCUCAGUUUGACAUAAUUCAGCUGAUAGAAUAGUUGAGCUGAAAAUAAUGAACAUUUAUUGACAGUUUCCAUUAAAAUGAAAGUCAUUCAGUCAAUCAUUCUGGAAUUAAGUGAAUAAUUAAAAUUGACUUUACGAAGGUUGACUGAUAGUCAUUAUAUACAUUACAGACAUAAGAAAUUUAGCCUUCAAUUUCUAACGAUUCUAUAUGCUUAAAUAUAUGCAUUUAAACAUUAGAUCUAAGUUUGUAUUUGUCUUUUAAUAUGCUUAUAAGAAUAAGUUUUGGAAAAAUAAUAAGAAUAAUACGUGUAA